CACUUCAGUUUUGUCAUCACUUCAUUCACCAUUCAUUCUUUUUUUCUCGUAAAUGUUUAUAAGGGAUUUAAAUGUUUAAAAGGUGUUAUAAUUGAAAAUAAUUAUAUUUAUAAUGAAAUAGUCUUUCAUAUUUCUUGUGAUUUAAGUAACUGCACCCAUUAGCAAUCAUGCGUUCUAGUUGAAAAGAAGUGUUGAUAAAAACGCAAUAUGUGGUCGUUUUUCUCGCGAGAUCCUACAAAGGAUUUUCCUUAUGAAGUGGGUGAUCCAGUGCGUGGUUUAGAAGAUAAGACAGUAUGGUCUUUGCACAAGGGAAAGAAGAGGGGUACACAAGACGAAGUAUCGAUAUUCCUUUUCGACGUUCAAAAGAAUUCGGAAACGAUGUUCGACGUAGCAAAGGCCUCACUCAAGAAACUUAAGACUAUGAGACACCCUAGCCUUUUACAUUAUUUAGAUAGCUGUGAAACUGAGAAAUUUUUAUAUGUAGCUACAGAAUAUGUAGAGCCUUUAGCUACCCAAUUAGAUGAUAUGAAACUUGAAGGCCAACAAAAAGACCUGUUCUUAGCUUGGGGAAUUUUCCAAAUUACUAGAGCACUAUCAUUUUUCAAUAAUGAUGGUAACAUGAGACACAACAAUGUAUGCUUAUACUCUGUCUUUGUCACGCAAGCCGGGGAAUGGAAGCUUGGAGGCUUCGAGUUCCUCACUUCACACGGACAGGACACUUCAAACCCUAUUCCUAUUAAAAUUCUACCGGCACUUGAAAUAUAUGAUCCUCCAGAGAAAAAGGACCCAGCCAAACUGAAGGCAGUUACAAAAUGUUCAACAGACAUGUGGGGCCUCGGCUGUCUUAUUUGGGAGGCCUUUAACGGCCCUCUCAAAACCCAACCAGCCCUCAAGACUCUGGACUACAUUCCGAAGCAGCUGUGCACUCUGUAUUGCGAGCUAGUCAGUGCCAACCCUACAUCUCGGCCCAACCCUGCUGACAUUAUUACGAGGUGUAGAAAAAUGGGUGGCUACUUCAAAAACGAUCUUAUAGACACUAUGCUGUUUCUAGAAGAGAUGCAAAUCAAGGAUAAGAUCGAGAAAGGUCGGUUCUUCUCCACGCUUAGCUCAUACUUGGACAACUUUCCGGAAGCUGUGUGUGUCCACAAGAUACUGCCGCAGUUGUUGACAGCGUUCCAAUAUGGGGACGCGGGGUCGGCAGUGUUGGCGCCCAUGUUCAAGCUAGGUAAACUGCUAGACGAGGAAUCGUACCAAAAGCAGAUCGUGCCGUGCGUAGUAAAAUUGUUUGCGUCAAACGAUCGCACCACGCGGUCGCGGCUGCUGCAGCAAUUAGACCAAUUCAUCAUGCAUCUGCAGAACUCCACGGUAAACGACCAAAUUUUCCCACAAGUGGUACACGGGUUCCUAGACACUAACCCCGUUAUACGCGAACAGACGGUCAAGUCAAUAGUGCACCUGGCGUCGAAGCUCAACUACAAUAACCUCAAUGUUGAGGUGCUGAGGCACUUCGCGAGGCUGCAGUCUAAAGAUGACCAGGGCGGCAUAAGGACAAACACCACAGUGUGCCUAGGCAAGGUGGCGGCGCACUUGCACCCCCAGAUCCGGCAGAAAGUCCUCGUGUCGGCGUUCGUGCGAGCCACCCGGGAUGCCUUCCCGCCCGCGCGGCAAGCCGGAGUGCUAGCGCUGGCAGCUACACAGCAGUACUUCCUGUUGGCUGAGGUGGCUAACAGAGUUCUGCCGGCGUUGUGUCCUUUGACUAACGAUCCGGAGAAACAGGUUCGCGACGCAGCAUUCAGGACUAUCAAGGGCUUCCUCGGCAAGUUAGAGAAGGUUUCAGAAGAUCCAAGUCUGAAGGAAGGAAUGGAGGCGGACGUCCACACAGCCACCCCAUCUCUCAGCAACGCAGCAGCAACCUGGGCGGGCUGGGCAGUGACCGCCGUCACGGCCAAGUUCUACCGCUCGCACUCCGACACGGCGCGCGCGCAGCACCCCAAGUCCGUGCUGUCCAAGCCGGGCUCACUAGAGCAACCAUCAUCCUCAAGCAUGUCAACUACAACUUCGUCAGUUACAUCGAUGACGUCACUGGAACACAGCGAGUCCGCGUCCGACUACGACCCCGAGCACUGGGACAUGGCGGCUUGGGGCGAGAUCGACUCCAGCGCGGGCACAGGAGCGAGCGCCAAGUCUCCGACGAGCAGCGGCAGCGCGGCGGCCGCGGCGCCGCUCACCGCGCUGUGCGAAGACGACUGGGACAACGGCGAGUGGGGCACGCUGCAGGAACAACCCUCUGCAGAGGCCGAACUGGUGAGCCCCUCGGAAACGUGGAACAACUCCGCGUGGACGGAACCUGCCGUCAACCACGCUAACGCUACAUACGUGCGCCCAGCGCUGCAACACAAGGAGCACCGGCUGGCGGCGCCGCAGAACAGCAACGACUCGCUCGGCGGCUGGGAGGACGGGGAGUUCGAGCCCAUCGAGGAGGACGCUGACGAAAACAACGCCUCAAAAAUGGACGAGAUACGACGAAAGCGUGAAGAGCGCAAACUACAGCGACAGAGAGAGAUGGAAGCACGGCGCAGCGCGAGAGGGCAGGGGCCCAUGAAACUCGCCGCCAAGCUCGCGGCGCCGCCGCCGCCAUUCUGAAUACAACUAUUAUAGUACUGUGCAACGUAAGUGAAAUAUUGUACGAGAGACUUUAUAUCCACGUCAGCCGCAGGCUGGAGUGAAUUAAAGACUCGAGUAACAAUAUUCUCACCCCCGGAGUUACACACAAUGUUUUUCAUCACACUUGCGAAGAAAAAACUAAAUUUGAAGCGAUAUCAUUUUUAAAUACGGUGACAUUUCAAACGUUCGUCCACCAUUUUGGAAUUUUUUGCAGUUUAGGCAUCGAAGGCACAGACCCAUCGGCAUUCAGCCACAAUUGAAAAUGAUGCCUUAAUUGAAGUAAAGGAGAAAGAUGCCCACAAUUUGCAAAUUUCGGUGUUCGCGAUAGGUUCUCAGAUCAUAUACGGACGUACGUUCUCGUACUCUUCUUCUUUCAGGUGUUCAGAGCAACACUUUUCAAAUUUUAAGAAAUAUACGACGAAACUUUUGAUGGCCCCCGGCCUUAUGUUAUAUGACAUGGCGUGUAUGUGGCACUUUCGCCAAACAAAAAUGUGUUUUAUGCUAACGAGAUAAAGGUGAUUGUUGGUAAGUUUCUAUCCUGAUUUUACCAGACAUUCUAGAGCAGGAGUUCUCAACCUUCCUAACCUUAGGGGGUCUUUUUUCUCACUCAUUCGUUGAGGGUUGAGAAAUACUGUUCUAAAAUGUUACUAUGAUCAUUAUUGUAGAUAAUAUUGUAUUAUGAUUAUUUAUUGUUAUUCAAAUUAUUAAUAUUUUUUGUUUAACUCAAAUUUUAAUUAUUGUAUAAGUACUAAAAUGUAUGUAUUUAUAACAAAUCACUGCAGCGAAUGAAGCGAAAAUGUCAAAACGUUGAUCAGUAGCUCUGAAAGUUUGGGAACAAGUGUUAUAACUGAUGCUGAGCGUUCCAGUGAGACUAGAAGCCAAUAAGGCGUUUUAAUUAAAUAGGUAUAAAGUGUUCUAUCCAGACAAAAACGUACUACUUUGUCGGUCAAUAAGCGAUUUGUAUGUAAUGUCUUAGUGCCUUAUUGAUAACCGACAAAGUGGUAAAGUGGAUGGCGACUUUUGUCUGAAAACGGUACCAUUUUCAAUUCGUAUGUUAAGGUUAUCUUUGCAACCUACGACUUACAGGUUUUGGACCCGAUGUGGUAAUUUAUUAAAUUGUAAUUGAUAUUUGUUAAGAAUUGGAACUGUUAUUAGAUAGGUGAGAGAAUUUAAGCCGGGUCACGUCUCUAUUGACAGUUUGAGAUUCUUAGGGUCGUGGAGAUACUUGCCAAGAAUCCAUUUUCUAAGCCCAAAAUUUUUCGAAAUAUGCACUUUUCCGAAUUAGGAAUAUUUACUGAAUGUAUAUAAAAUACUUUUCCAAAACAGGUUGGUUUUGGAAAAGAUUUUUUUUCCUCAAAAUAUGGAUGUUUUAAAGUUAAUUGAGUUUUAUCUUCUUUGAUUUUUAUCCAUCAAAAUCAUCAAUCUAAAAAUGUAUAUCAUUAUCACAUGUAUGUGUGGACCUAUGUUGUCUUUUAAAUAAACGGAUUUAUUAUUAUUUAUUUAUAAAAACUUAUGUUAUUUACGUUAGGAUAUAUAAGCCUUAAGCCAUUGCAAUAGGGUUCACUACAUACUUUCUUGGUGUAUUUUUGACAUAAGAUGGGCGACACAACAUCAACCCGUCUAUCAAUCAUUCGACGAUUAAUUUCAAAAUCGAUUGUCUUUGAUCGAUGUUACGAUCGACGAUUAAUUACUUAGGUCUUAGAUACAUUACAAUAUUACUCUUCUCAUUGUUUUGGGGGGAAGGUGCAUAUUCUGAAAAAGCAUUUCUUAUUUAACUGUAAAUACCUGGGUUUGGGAGUUUUGAAUCCACAGGCCCUGAACGGUAGAACGCCGUCGCCAUAUUUUACUCUAGCAUAUAACUUCGCUUUGUACAGUCGGUUAGCUCGAGACGGGAGAGUGCAAUCGGAAUUUUGUACCUUAGAACCAGAGUGAAUUGAAAACGUUAUACUAUCGAAUUUAUCGAAUUUAAACUGUUGUGAGACAUACUGAUAUUAAAUCAUUUUACGGUUUAGACUCACUUGUUUUAGUCACUCGCGCGACAUGUUUCGGAGAGCCUAGGUCUCCUUUCUCAAGCACUAAUAGUGAGUUCGUGCUGUGUGGCGCUACAAGUGUUAGGUGACCCAAACCCAAACACACCACUGUGCCCGCCUACAACGAUAGCGCAAGACCUCCCCCAACCGGUUUUCUCGGACUCGGCGCGCGCGCAGCGAGCGACGCGGCGCGCGGCAGCGGCAGUACGCAACACACGGUCGUCGUGAACGCUGCUCGCACUAUUAGUGCUUGAGAAAGGAGACCUAGGCUCUCCAAAACAUGUCGCGCGAGUGACUAAAACAAGUGAGUCUAAACCGUAAAAUGAUUUAAUACUUUAUACUAUACUAUAGAAUCGUCAAAAUGCUAUGUGUCGCUUUGUCACACUGACAUACCAUUAUGAGAUUGAUCGUCACAUAACGGCUUUCAUAACGAUUAUCACUGGUCACUGCGACAAGGUACAAAGUGGUACAAAAAACAAAUUCUUUGGCCGUAUCAAGAUUGAGAGAUAUAGCAAAUUGACGCUUUUUCUUACUUUGAUUGAGUAAGGACUGAGGGUUCAUGCCUAGUUUAGUAGUACCAGUAUAUCGCGCGAAAAAAAUGGCUCUUUCGGGCAAUUAGGUACCUUGUCGGUUGCCAAUAACGUCCAUUUCUAAUUAUACUUUGAUGCUGGUGAUCGAGAGAUUUGUAAAACUAUUUAACGCUAUAGCCCCCCCCCCCCCCCCCCCCCCCCCCUAUGGUGAGCGUGCAAUUGUAGGACGCAGCAUCCCCUGUUUAUUAGCGCGAAGUGUAUUGACACUUGUAAUUGGUCAAGUUUAAGUUUCCGAACAAGCCACAAGAUGGCAGACCCUUCAAUGCGUACGGUCCUUAUAGUUCUUGUCAUUCAACAUACUUCACUCUGUGUCUCAGGUACAGAUAGGUAUACCCUAUUUGCUCUUUAGAACUGAAAUGUGUGGCAUUUUUAACUCUAUUUCUUAAUCAAUAAGUUCCAUGGAACGAAUAAGGGAAGCCAAGGAAAUGAGGGUGUCAAUUCGGUGUAAGUGCUUGUGUGUGUGUGUGUUACUAUGGACAUUCCGGGGCCGGUACUUAAUAUAGCUAUCUCAUUCUCAAAUAUUCGAGUAAAAGCUCUUUCUUUUGUUUUAUUUAAAACAAAUGAAGCAAGAUUUUAAAUUUGUCUUGUAGCAUUUCUAUUUGUAUUACCAUAUAUAUUUUUUUCUUUUUUCAUUUAGAUAAAUAGUAAUGCGAACGCCUAAAAGGAUGAGUACCGGUAGGUUGUUUUCCAUUCAGAGACAUGAAAUGUAUAUUUAAAUUGAUGAUUUGAUUAAUGGGAUUCAUUAUGACUAUUUGCUAUACUUGCAAUAAGAAUGAUCGUCUGUUUCGAGCAAGUUUCGCCAUCUUGAAUCCCACUAUUUGAGUCACAACGUCAUAAUAAGUGAUGUUCGAUGGAACAGACUUGAGUCGGUCUAUGAAUUUUACUAGGAUUUUACUUUAUCAUUACAAGCAUUUUACAAUCAUGUUAAUAGGAAAUUUAGUGGAAUAUACUUUGUAAUGAAUCACAUUUUUUGGUAUUUGCUCAUUGAAAGAUCUAGUAAUAUUUUAUCCUAUCCGAUACGCUUUAGACUCCGAAAAGAUUGUAUAGAUUAUUGUAAGAAAGCCUUGGAGAGGCAGAAUUUAUAUGUUUAGUUUCUUUACGUGGAUGCGCGGAUUUUGGCAAGAUCUUCUUCUUGACAUAAGAGCAUUUUCACUUAAAAGUGUACCAUUUACUUUUUUCUUUCGUAAAUCCAUCAACUUUUGGGUUAUUUCUACUCAGAAUCACGAGGACUAUCGAUUUUUUUUAAAUGAGACCAAAAAAAAUUCAGUUUUGUAACGCAUUUUCACAUACAUUUUGUAUGGACCGUAUAAAAACAGACACCUAAAAUUUGUAUGAAAAACUGGGGACACUUUUUUUCUUUGUCUCAUUCAAUAGUGCUCGUGACAGUCUAAAUAACCCAAAAGUUGAUCGUUUUACGAAAAAAAGUAAACAAUACCAUUUUUUCUGAAAACCCCCAUAAAUGUCUAGCGGUACUAACGUUCACACAGUCACCUCCUAAGGCCCAGUGUGCAUUACAAUGAACACUCCGUUUCAAUCUAAUUAGAACCUUUAAUAAAACAAAUGAAGUAGCAUUUCUUUUGUUUUAUGGCAUCUCAAACAAACCAUAUUCAUCCCAUUUUACUAUACAAGUUAUACAACAAGGUUGAAAUUAAAAAUAGGAAAAUUGUAUAUGGUGAGCCUUUCGAGGUAGAGUGCUGUAAGAACGAGAUAUUACUGCAACUACCGAUCGAUUUCGGGUGAGUUAUAUCGUCAAAUUAAUUGGAAAAAAAAACCGAGCGAUGCUCAAACGAUAGAUCGAUAAGUUCAAGUAGUAAACAUGUCAAACAGAAUGGCUUGCGCUCAAUAAAUAAGUCUUGCCGCUAACAUGGAAGUAUUAAACUUUAUAAAUGUAUACUAAAUCGAUUUUUUAUAUUGUGAAAAAAUAAGAUCGACAUUCUUGAGAUGGUAGAAUGCACCCAUGUUGUUACAUUUAAAUAUAGAGAUAUACAAUUUUCUUCUUUAUCGCAAGGUACGGGAUUGUAUAACUUUGUACCUUCGUCAAUACAUCAAUUACGCAGCUAACUUUAAAUAUUUAUUUAAUAUCCACAAGAACCAAAUGUCCUUAAAGUAAAUUCAGUGUGGAGUUGAUAUAAAACCAUGACAGAAUUUUAACGAUUUCAGAGUAUAUUAACAAUAUGAAUGUAUGAGAAAUAUAACAGAUUGUAUAUUCAAACUAAAAUGGGAUUUGAACUAAAUAUACCGGGAACUGUUAUUGUGCGUAUGUUGAUAAUUUUUUCCGAUAUUGAACUGAUAUCGAAGUCGUGUGGUAAAUAUUAUUCUGUCUGCAACUGAAAUUUACAAUUCUGUAAAUAAAAGUUUAAAAUUUACAA